AUCCUUGUCUCCCUCUGACUACCAUCCUCUCUGCUUGACUUCAUCACUCUCUUGUUCUGUGAGUCCCUGCGGUUAUGUUUUGCAUAUCAUUACUGACGUAUUAUGCUACUUUUGCAUCCAAACACCUCUCUUGCGAUGUCGAUACCACCACUUUUCAUUCCGUCCCGCAAUACCUCGUCGCAAUGUCAUGAUCUUUGCCGAUCUACUUGAGGGGUGUAGUUACGACUCUUUCGUCUUAUUAGAUUCAGUCGGGAUGGCUUUGAAGCGCAUUAACAAGGAAUUGAUUGACCUCGGGCGUGACCCGCCUUCAUCUUGCAGUGCCGGUCCCACUGGCGACAACAUGUUCCAAUGGCAGGCGACCAUCAUGGGGCCUGGUGACUCUCCAUACGCUGGAGGUGUAUUCUUCCUUUCCAUCACGUUCCCUACCGACUACCCUUUCAAGCCUCCGAAGGUCAGUUUCACGACAAAGAUCUACCACCCUAACAUCAACGCCAAUGGCUCGAUCUGUCUGGAUAUCCUGAGGGACCAGUGGAGUCCAGCAUUGACGAUCUCGAAAGGUACGUCUGCAAAGUUGCUCUUCUUGACAUAUGUGCCUGAUUACUCACGCGAUCUACCCAUCCGAAUAGUUCUCCUGUCGAUUUGCUCAAUGCUGACUGAUCCCAACCCUGAUGAUCCUCUCGUUCCGGACAUCGCACAUCUGUACAAGACGGAUCGAACCAGAUACGAGGCGACGGCUCGGGAGUGGACAAGGAAGUAUGCCAUGUAGUUGACCGUGGUGAAAGUAAUGGAUGAAUUCAGUGUCUGGUGUACAAUCUUGGUCUUCUCGAGUAGCUUUCUCAUCGUGUAUCAUUCCCGACAAUCAUAUCAUGCCCUUCAUUAUUAUAUACUUCCCUACUAUUUCUCUGUGAAGCAAAUUAGCAUUGAAGGUAUAUGAAUGCAGCUUGUAAGGUC